CGGAGGGCGCCGGCGGGAAGGGACACGGCGGGGUAGAAGCAGAUAAUGGGCAACAGUGUCUUUCUCUAAUCUGUGAUCAUCAUGUCUAAGGAGGAGUGUGCCAAGGCUGCUGACAGUUCAUUUUCCUCUGAUAAACAUGCCCAGCUCAUCUUGGCCCAGAUGAACAAAAUGAGAAGUGGACAGCAUUUCUGUGAUGUGCAGCUACAGGUGGGGAAGGAAACCUUUCAAGUUCAUCGGCUGGUCCUGGCUGCCAGUAGUCCAUACUUUGCAGCUUUGUUCACUGGAGGAAUGAAAGAGUCCUCCAAAGACGUUGUACAGAUUCUCGGAGUUGAAGCUGGAAUCUUUCAGUUACUUCUAGAUUUCAUUUAUACAGGAUUGGUGAACAUAGCUGUGAAUAAUGUCCAGGAGUUGAUUGUUGCAGCAGACAUGCUACAGUUGACUGAAGUUGUUAAUCUUUGCUGUGAUUUUCUGAAAGGACAAAUCGAUCCACAGAACUGCAUUGGACUCUUUCAGUUCUCUGAGCAAAUUGCCUGCCAUGACCUUUUGGAGUUCACAGAAAACUAUAUUCAUGUCCAUUUCUUGGAGGUUCAUAGUGGGGAAGAGUUCCUGGCACUUACAAAAGAUCAGCUGACCAAAAUUCUACGAAGUGAAGAGCUUAGCAUUGAGGAUGAAUACCAAGUCUUCUUAGCAGCGAUGCAGUGGAUUCUGAAAGAUCUGGGAAAGAGAAGGAAACAUGUAGUGGAAGUGUUAGAUCCAGUUCGAUUCCCUUUGUUACCAUCUCAGAGGCUUUUAAAGUACAUAGAAGGAGUAUCUGAUUUUAAUCUUCGAGUUGCACUGCAAACACUUUUGAAAGAGUACUGUGAGGGCUGCAAGUCUCCCAAAGAGAACAAGUUUUGUAGUUUUCUGCAGACAUCUAAAGUUCGACCUCGGAAGAAAGCAAGAAAAUAUCUGUAUGCAGUAGGUGGAUAUACACGGUUGCAGGGGGGCCGUUGGAGUGAUAGCAGAGCCCUCAGCUGUGUAGAACGUUUUGAUACCUUUAGCCAGUACUGGACCACUGUAUCUUCACUUCAUCAGGCUCGGUGUGGACUUGGAGUUGCAGUUUUAGGAGGGAUGGUCUAUGCUAUUGGAGGAGAAAAGGAUUCGAUGAUCUUUGACUGUACUGAGUGUUAUGAUCCAGUUACUAAACAAUGGACAACUGUUGCUUCAAUGAAUCACCCACGCUGUGGAUUAGGAGUCUGUGUGUGCUACGGGGCAAUCUAUGCUUUGGGUGGGUGGGUUGGAGCUGAGAUUGGCAACACCAUUGAACGAUUUGAUCCUGAUGAAAAUAAAUGGGAAGUGGUUGGCAACAUGGCAGUGUCCCGCUACUACUUUGGGUGCUGUGAAAUGCAAGGUUUAGUUUAUGCAGUUGGAGGAAUCAGCAAUGAGGGACUUGAGCUCCGUUCCUUUGAGGUUUAUGAUCCACUUUCCCAGCGCUGGUCUCCACUUCCUCCUAUGGGAACCAGAAGAGCCUACCUUGGGGUGGCAGCACUCAAUGACUGCAUCUAUGCUAUCGGAGGGUGGAAUGAGACACAAGAUGCCCUUCACACUGUAGAAAAGUACUCCUUUGAAGAGGAAAAGUGGGUUGAAGUUGCUUCAAUGAAAGUGCCUAGAGCAGGCAUGUGUGUUGCGGCAGUCAAUGGUCUUCUGUAUGUUUCUGGAGGCCGCUCUUCUAGCCAUGAUUUCUUGGCCCCAGGUACUUUGGACUCAGUUGAAGUUUACAACCCCCAUUCAGAUACAUGGACCGAAAUUGGUAAUAUGAUCACUAGUCGUUGUGAAGGGGGUGUUGCAGUACUAUGACAGAGAAGGCACAAAAGCACAAGGAACAUUUGGAAAAUACACCUGAAGUCCUAUCUACUGGAGGAGGCUGUGGACACGUGCUUACGGCUGCAUAACACAUUAGAGCUGAGGGCAGAGUUGCAGUGGGGCUGGAGAGUGCAGGGAACGACACCUACCUAGUGUGAACUAGCCCCUUAGUCUAAUACCUAGCAGCUCAAUAAACAAAAAAAAGAAACAAUAACAUUUUUUUUCUUUUAAAGACCAUGGGCAAUGUACUUGAGAAGCCAGUUUUUAGCCAGGUGUGGUGUCUCACACCUUUAAUCUUAAUACUUGACCAGAGGAAGGAAAAUCACCAUAAACUUGAGGCUAGCCUGCUCUAUAUAGCAAGAUCUGGGCC